CUGUCUCCCUGAUACUGCAUUGAAUCUAUCCUGGUCAAGGCCCAGGAGAUAAUGCCGUUAUUGAUAUUCUCUUGGAUCACCAAAGUAUUAGACCUUGUGCCGCUAAAAUUCUAUUGAUAUUCUCUUGGAUCACUAAAUUAUUAGACCUUGUGCCUCUAAAAUUAUAUAUGGUGUUCCCCAAAACUCCCUCGCUCACAUUACCUCAGAAGAAAAUGUCAUGGGUGGAAGUCUGUGGGACAAAUAGAAAGUCACCAAGACCUAAGUCAUCUCAGGCUGGCUCAGUCAGUUCAAAAUAAGUCCACAAUGUAGGUAUGCAGUUAGCAAUUUACAGUGGACUAGGUGGUCUCUAAGAAAUUGUACACCUUUCAUGAAACUUGAAGGCAAAAGUUUGGGAUUUGGAAGCUUGAUGCUAUGCAUGAUCCCUAGUACCCAGCAGGUAGACAAGUCAUUUGAAAACCUGGACUCUAGGUAGGGCAAGUGAUCCUUGACUAGCUGGGUUCGAUGUGAAUGUCCUAGAUUAGGAGACAAUAUGUGAUAGAAGGAUUUGAUCAUGAAACAGCCUAUACAGCCAUGUGACGAAAUCAGUCUAUCAGUACCAGACUUGGGAACAAAGAGGGAAUUAACAUUCUCUCAAGAUGGCAAAACUCCAGGAUCGCCUUAUUCCAUUUGUCUCCAUGAGUGUGCAGAUCCCAUGUUAUAUUAUUAUCUAACCAAUGAGUAUAUCCCCAUUUUGUAUUUUUCCAUACAUGUAACUGCUUGUAAUUCGACCGUUCCUUCAUAGUUUCAAAGUGGCUUUUAUCAGGCUCUUCUUGUAAUUCCUCAUUUCUAACAGUUAGAACUCGUCCAUUUUCACUAUAAAUCCUUCUCUACAAAUAUAAGUUUCUAUUGAGAUAAAAUGUACAGUCUUCAUAUGUGUGCUACUGCUUUUCAUGAGUUUUAUUCGGCUUUGGGCAAUUCAGUUAUGGUAUAUAUCUUUUAUAGGGUCUUCAUCAGGCACCCUUUCAAAAGUCCAAAUUGAAUAUUGGGCUGGCCCAAUCCGAGGGCCACAAAUUAAUUUGUUCUUUAUUGUUAUUUUUAUUGAUAAAUUCAAUUCAUAUGAAAAUUGGGAGGUACAUAUGAAAAUUAAAUAGUUCUUUAUUGUUUACAAGAUAAUCUCGGUGGAUUUGGAUCUUUUAGAAAAUAAGGUUUAGAAAUGAUUUUGAUAAUUGAAACAGUAGGCUUGGAAAGAAAGUUGUGUGGGAUCCAGCCAUAAGUAUAUAGAGAAACAAAAGUUCAUAUCAGUUAACCCUUCUCCAAAAAAGAAGAAAAAAAGAAGUCUAUAUAGCAGCUAGGUGCUGCAAGUUCUUGCUUAAAAUCUGGGAAAUAGUGAACCUAAUUGCUACCUAGUGUUUUGAAGGGAAUAUUUAGAAAACUAUAAGAAAGUAAAAAGAACCGAGAAUCCUAGAUCUGUAAAAACUAUACCUAUGAGAAGCUGAAAAUGAAGAGAAAGUAAAAGAAAAUGACCACCAGGCCUUACUGCUUGGCACCCAGAGCAAGGAGAAUGGAUUAGCUCCGGGUUGUGGCUAUCCUGGAGAUUUGAAAGCUUCCGAAGUAGAUCAGAUGCCGAAAAGGUAGGUAGAAUGUUGUAUAUGGCUUAAUUGAUCCAGAGUUUCUAUGGAAGAAUAGGCGUGUCUAGAGGUUUAUAGGUCAUGGUUAGGUUCUUGGAAUGAGCUGGAAGCUUAGUGUUUUGGAAUUUUUUGGAAUUGGGGAGACUUAAGGAAGCCUGGGAGAGAAUUCCAGUAGGGAGGCUCAGAGGACUUAGAGGGUCCCCAAAUUCUGACAAGAGAUUAGGUUUUUCCAGGAAGGGUCAAGAUUGGCGUAAGAAAAUGCAUCAAAAAGGAUCAUCUCUGACUUAGACACUUUCCUUAGAUACGCUUUAGGGGCCGUUAUUUGGUGUGACGGUAAAAGGCUCGGGUAGCCAGCGCAGGAGCGUGGGUUCGAGUCAUGAGAGCGGCCACGUUGUGCAUAAAAAGUUAAAGGUUAGGAUCGUUUCCAGCUCAGCCCUCCCGGGACCCUGCGAAGGAGGGACCAGCUCCGGGUUACGGCCCUUCUAUCCUAUAAUCAGAUUACCACACACCCUAUAAAAAUCUAAAACCAAACCUCUAGGGACCCUGAAUCUCAACUUCUUCAAAUCUUAGUAAAAAUAGGUCAACCUAUAGUCCGUCUUGUAGGAAAUUAUAUGAGCUUCCUAAUAGUCCAAGAAUUACAUCAGUCAUGUACUCCGUAGGGAAGAUAUAGCUGAUUUACUGAAAAAUCUUGGAAUAAUGCAAGGGCCUCUAUAGGUGAACUAUGUCCAGGAUCCCUUAGUGCUACUGCCGGACCCAGGAAACCUUCUAUUGGAUGCCAUUUCCAUGGGCUGUACCACUUGAGAAGCUUCUGGAAGCUCCGAGAACAUAUCUAAGGUGGCAAGGACAUGUUUUGAGAUGCUUGCUUUGAUCACAUAAUCCUGGCUGUUAUUGAAAAUCCUAAUAUUUUAUCAGAACUCUAUACAUACUUCACUUCAGGGAGAGUUUAGGAUCCCUCUAAGUUGUUCUCUAAGCGUCCCCAAGGUUUAGAUUAGAGAUUAGAGUUCUCUCCUGAGGUUUGUUAAUCUCCUCCAUUUCCUCAAAAAAUAAAAAAAUAAAAAGAGAGAGAGAGAGAGAGAGAGAGAAGCAUCUUGUUCCAUAACUCGCUGUGGACUCUAGAUCUAUUACCUUUAAGCUACUUGCAACUAUUCCAACUAUUUUUUUUGCCCUCUGAUACACUUCAAAAGCUCUCUAACAUUGCAUUGGGGAUCACCACAAUACGUCAAAGUUUACUACAGGUCCUGAAUAUUAUACUGGAGCGUAUUAUUUGUGGCUUGUUGGAUGUAGCUGAAGCGGAAUCAUCCAUCACUCAUUUGUGAAUCUCUUAUAUCACCUGUCACCUUUGUUGCAACCCAAAAGCAAAGCAAUAGCCAAUAAGAACAUCUGUAAUUAUUUAGAGGCAAUUACUACGUUUAGAUUCUAUACGAAUGGAGUGUCUUAGGGGGCAUAUAGGCUUCUUAGUAUGCUAGUUAGUCUGUGCUUGCUUGAAUUGGCAAAGUUGGUGAACAGCUGCUUGAAUUGGUCCACUUAUUUUUUUAAAAUGUUGGUGAUAUAUUUGUAUUACUGUACCAAAAAAUUACAACGUAUUAUUUGACCCACACCAUGUGGCCUGCUUUGAUAUCCAUAUACAAAGUACAAACAAUGGUGGUUAGGAAGAGCACAGUAUACAUCAUCUGUGAAACCAAAAAACCAAGAAGCUCUUAUGAUCAAAACUGGGGAACCAAGCUCAAAACAUUGCUGGAUGGGUUCCACCUGUGAGUUGUGUAGCCGCUCCUUCUCUCACGAGUGCAUCCGCACUAGAGAUGGCUUCUCACCAUGUAUGUUGAAAGAAUAUGUGAAUAUGCCUUUGGAGGAAAGAAAUGUGCUCAAGGUACCAUCGGCAGGUGGAGGCACCGGAGGCCCAUGCUAUAGCAUUUCUUGAGUCUCCCUCUAUGACGAAGAAGUCCCCCAUUCACUUUUGUAUCUCUUGAUGCCCUCUAAGAGUGCUCCAUCGACUAUUAUAUGCUCUAGCUCAAGCGUGGGUUCUUAUCAUAUGCAAGGUCUGCACACCCUUUAGAGGUUGCUGAAGAAGCUAGACAAUAAGGGCAAGUUUUACCUUAGCAACGAUGUCAAGCAUAUCUAAGCUUCGGUGUAUAACAGUUGAUGUUACGGGAACUCUGAUAGCAUACAAAGGAGAACUCGGGGACUACUAUUGCAUGGCUGCCAAAGCCGUCGGAUUGCCUUGUCCAGAUUACAAGCGAAUGCAUGAAGGCUUCAAGGCUGCAUAUACUGACAUGGCAAAAAAAUAUCCAUGUUUUGGCCAUGCUGCAAAGAUACCCAAUGUUGAUUGGUGGCACUCUUGUGUUAAAGAUUCAUUCAUCAAGGCAGGGUAUGAUUAUGAUCAGGAAACAUUUGAGAAGGUGUUCAAGCGCAUCUACUCGGUUUUUGGUUCUGCUGCACCAUAUACUGUCUUUCCUGACUCUCAACCUUUCCUUAGAUGGUUACGUGAGAGAGGACUCAUUGUGGGGAUUGUGAGUAAUGCUGAAUACCGGUAUAAGGAUGUUAUCCUCCCAGCUUUGGGGUUGAAUCAGGGAUCGGAAUGGGACUUUGGGGUGUUCUCUGGUAUUGACGGAGUGGAGAAGCCUAACCCUCGGAUAUAUGAGAUAGCACUGGAGAAGGCAGGGAAUAUUGCACCGCAUGAGGUGCUACAUAUAGGAGACAGUAUGCGCAAGGACUACCUGCCUGCCAAGAGCGUUGGCAUGCAUGCAUUGCUCCUGGACAGAUUUAAGACACCAGAUGCUGAGAAUUGGAAAAUGUCGGGUGCUAUUGUUCUACCUGAUCUUGUAGCCACACAGGCUUGGCUCUCUGGUGAAGAAGAGGACAUAAAGAAAAAACCAAUAAAUGUAGCUUGAAACAAUGCCUUGUCACCAUAGAAAUGUGGUUGACUAAGGCUAAAUUAUCAGUAUGGACCACAGGUUGCAGAUAACCUGUUUCCGUGAAUGUGGUUUCCACUGCAUUUAAUACUGGGUUUUGAAUCAAUAUAUUGCUUAAUUGUAAAAGAAUCAAAUGGGAUUGGAAGCAAGGAGUGUAAGUACUUGUAUUAUAAGCUUUUUGUUUUGCAAGUCUCUUGAAACAUUUCUGAGAGAGAGAUCUCUGCUGGUCACCAUAUAUGCUUCCUUUUUGUAAAAAAAUAUUUAUCGAAUUAUUAUUGCACCUGUACAAUUUCACA